CACAAGUUUUAAGAAAUUCUUAUUAGCAUUUCUAUCCAUCCAAAGCCCUAAGUUCCGUAUCGCUCCGAGCUCACUUCAACAACCCAUAUCGAUGGGUCUGCUUUCCUGGUGGAAGGGGAAGGCGGUGGCGCCGAACGCUGGCUCUUCAGGAACGAACAACGGUGGAGAGGGUGUUGCAGCGAAGUCAGAGGAAUGGGCGGUGGAGACCUCGGGCCUAAACGGCGCGAUGGAGGUUCGCCGGCCGGCGGACGUGACGGUGUUCGAGUUCGGUUCGGCGGCGGCUGCUGGAGAGAAGGUAACGCUUGCUGGGUAUUGCCCGGUGUCAGAAGAGCUGGAACCUUGCCGCUGGGAGAUCAUCCCGGCUGCCGGAUCAGACGCGCCCCUAUUUCGGAUUGUCUUUUGAUUCCAGGGUAUCUGUAGAAACUCCUUUACCUAGUUUUGAUAAUAUGAAACUUUAUGAAACAACUUCUUUUACUUGCAAUGCAUUUGAAAUUGUUGCUUAAAUUCUAACUUUGCAGGAUUUUGAUUCUUGAAUUUGUGGGAAUUGUUUCAUUUUUAUUUGAAAUAAAGUGGUAUGUAUGUAAAUCCCCCUUGAUCGACUACUCAAAUUUAUUA